UACCCUACCCAAUAAAAAAAAUUCUGCGACCACUUCCCGUUCCCCGCCGGAGCCGCUUCACCCCCAGAUCUGCCACGCACCGGAGCCGCUUCACCACCAGAUCUGCCACGCCGCCGGAGCUUUCCUUUCGCCGUCCCUACUUCCUCGCCGUCCGGGAUUUUCAGCGAUGGGAGGGAGGAUAGAGGCCCAGAAUGAGAAGAUGGGCAACGCUUACCUAGCUUGAAGACCACACGUGAUCUUCAUGGAUUCACUGCAGGCAUAUACGAAUACAUAUCCUUCAUUGCAGCCCCUGUCACUGAUGUGCGGGCCCCACAUGUCAUCUUCUUCCUCUUAUUGCCAUCUUCCAUUGCUUAGCAGCAUCCGCCACCGUCUAUGGCGAGCAGCAGCAGCGCGCGGGCAGCAGCUGCACAUGAUCGAGCAGCAGCAGCACAUCAGUCUAGGCCGUGAACUUUCGCGCGGGCCGCGUGGCUCCACGCACCGCCCAGGUUGCGAGCUCCCUAGCCAUGAGCUCCGCGUGCUGCCCAGACCGCAAGCUCUGCGCGGGCUGCGUGGUCCACGCACCACCCAGGCCGCGAGCUCUGCGUGCCACUUGGGCCGCAAGCUCCCUGGAUGCGUGCUCCGCGUGCCACCUGGUCCGCGUGUGCCCCACCGCAGGCCGCUCGCCCGCGUGCUGCUAUCGCUCGCCAUCGACGGUGGCGGAUGCUGCUCAGUAAUGGAAGAUGGCAAGAGGAGGAAGAAGAUGACAUGUGGGGCCAGCGCGUCAGUGAUAGAGGAGAGGGGCUGCCUUGAACGUAUUUUGUGGGAAGCGAAGAGUAAUGGUAUGCUUCAAAAUAGGCGAAUAGUAAUGGUGUUUCUCCAAAGUUCAAAAAUUAUGGCCAACAUCUAUUAUGCAAUCAAUAAAAGUGUGGUGGAAGUUAUAGUUUAUGCUAGAGGAGAACUCAUCACCCAAUGCGGCACUAUUGUCGCUUGCAAGGAUAGAUCUGCUUAUGUAGUGACAGAUGCACGAUUGGUCAGUGAGCAUCUGGGAAGGAGGAGAAUAGAGGUGAAAUUUCCAGAUGGACAAAUAUCAAUUCCCACACCCAACCAAUUUAAUCUUCAUAAUGGUAUUCUUGGUAUUUACUGUAGUCCCAAUAGUCAGUUUGAUCGCACUAAAGUAGAUGUGAUUGAAGUUUGUGAGGAAGGUCUCAAUUCAUUGGAUACCGUUUAUGUGUAUGAUGGUGUUAAAGGCAUGAUGACUCCAGGGACUGUGACGCAAAUUGAUGCACAUUCGUUUAGCAUCACCAACAUAGCAAGUGACAUGACAGAAUAUGGAGCACCCGUUCUUAACAGGAAUGGAAUUCUUGUUGGUAUGUGCUAUUCAUUUGAGUAUCAUUUGUCUGCCAAAAGUAUCCUCGCAAUAGCAAAUGCAAUCGAGAGGAGUCAAAAUAGACCCUUCACGAGCGUUCAAGCUGCUUUAGAUCAUAUAUAUAACACUAUCUGAACUGAAAGCCAUUCAAAAGGCGUUCAUUUGACAUGUAUUAUAUGAUCAUCAUCGAUGGGAGAGUUUCAUCCUAUAACACUGGCCCAUUGGCUUGUGUAGGCCGCGUGGCAUGGCACUGGCAUUGUGCUUCUUUUGUGAAGUCUAAUACUCUGAUGCCUUGAUGGCGGUGUGGUAGUACAUGUGUGACUGCGAACCUGGGAGCACUAGCCUUUAUCUCUGUUCUUAAUUUGUUGUCGAACCUGGGAGCUUUAGCCUUUAUAUCUGUUCUUAAUUUGUUGUCCUGUAACCUUGGGAGCUUUAGCCUUUAUUUAUGUUGGAAUAGCCAAAUUGAACCCUUAUCUUUCGUCUCAGGUUAGUCCUUCAACUCUUGAAAUAGCUAAAUUAUUCCCUCAACUUCCGAUUUUAGUUCAA